GAAGUAGGAGAAGAGGAAUCUUUUAUGUUGAACCGUAAUUAAUCUUUUUACCAACUGGGCUACUGUGAUGUCUCCAAUGUGUGUUCCUUCAGAAUUGCUCACUGGGCGCAGGACAAUGUGCACGGCUCCGCGUUGAUCUAUAAUAGUAUUGGUUUUCUUUCUCUGGUUAUUCUGCGAAUGUGAGUUGUUUGUGGUGGUUGGUAUGUCUUGUUUAAGGUGAAGGAGUAAUCGUUUCGGUGAAUGUACUUACGUUAAUGGAUGUUCGUUAGAGUUGUGGAGCUGUGGUGACUUACAGAUAAGAUUAUAAUCUUACUAUAGCAGUAUCUGUUUACAAAGGAGAUAUGCUGUAGUGUUACGUUUUUUUCUUAUUAUCUUGUUCAGGAUAGGCGAAGCAAGUAAUCAGAAGCAAAGAUGGCACUCCCAAACACACUGAAGGAUAUUUUCAACCAUAUUGGUAAAAACAAGGACAAAUACAUAGCAACUUUAAAAGAAGUGGUUGCCAUUGAAUCAGUGUCAGCAUGGCCACAUAAGAGGAAUGAAAUAAUCAGAAUGGUAAAUUGGACUAAAAGCAGGCUCGAGAAACUUGGCACAGAUGUUGAACUCUGUGAACUUGGUACACAGGUUCUACCUGAUGGAGGAGAGCUGCCACUUCCACCUGCCCUUCUUGGCACUCUGGGAAAAGAUUCAAAGAAGAAGACUGUUUUGGUGUAUGGACACUUGGAUGUCCAACCAGCAUUAAAAAGUGAUGGCUGGGACUCUGAACCUUUUGAGAUGACUAAGAGGGAUGAAAAACUGUUUGGUCGAGGCACAACUGAUGACAAAGGUCCAGUUAUUGCUUGGAUUCAUGCCCUAGAAGCGUUUAAGGCCACCGGUCAUGACAUACCUGUUAAUGUUAAGUUUGUAUUUGAAGGAAUGGAAGAAUCUGGUAGUGAAGGACUGGAUGAAUUACUUGCCAAGAAGCAAAAAACAUUUCUCAGCGAUGUGGAUUAUGUUUGCAUCUCAGAUAACUACUGGUUGGGUACUAAGAAGCCGUGCAUUACGUAUGGAUUGCGUGGUGUUUGUUAUUUUGGAGUUGAAGUGGAAUGUGCUAGUAGGGAUCUUCAUAGUGGAUCCUUUGGUGGAAAUGUGCCUGAGGCAGUGACUGACUUAGUACAUCUCCUUAAUACCUUGGUGGAUAAGGAUGGCAAGAUUCUUGUGACUGGUUUGCAUGAUGAUGUUGCGGAAGUUACACCCAAGGAGGCAGCUUUAUAUGAUACCAUAGAUUUUGAUGUGGCAGAAUACAAAGCAGGUAUCGGAACUCAGCAGCUGUUGCACAGAGAAGAUAAGGUAAAGUUACUUCAACACCGUUGGCGGUAUCCGUCAUUGUCACUUCAUGGUAUUGAGGGAGCAUUUAGUGAACCAGGCUGCAAAACUGUAAUACCAAGAAAGGUCAUUGGAAAGUUUUCAAUCCGCAUUGUUCCAAAUCAGACACCAGAGAAAGUGGAACAGGUAGUUGUGGCCUACUUGAACAAGCAGUGGAAAGUUAGGGGUAGCACUAACAAAAUGAAGGCAUAUAUGUAUCACGGAGGCCGUCCCUGGCUAUCAGAUCCUGAUGGCCCAAACUACGUGGCAGGCCGCAAAGCAACCAAACAUGUGUAUGGUGUUGACCCAGACUUUACCAGAGAAGGAGGCUCAAUUCCUGUUACCCUUACUUUUCAGGAAAUGACUGGAAGGAGUGUAAUCCUGUUGCCUUUAGGUUCUGGAGAUGAUGGUGCCCAUUCCCAAAAUGAGAAAAUUGAUAUUCGGAACUACAUAGAAGGGACUAAGUUGCUUGGAGCUUAUCUGUAUGAAGUGGCUCAACUGUAGAAGCAAAGAUUCCUCUCAUGUUUACAUGCAUUCUCUGGUAAAUUGAACAUGAUGCUAUGACUGUUGAAUGUAAGGUAUUUUAAUAAUAAAUAACAGUAUUGUAUCUUUAUACUUCAGCAAUAUUAUUUUUUCACUGGAUAUUAUGAUCCAGAACUUGAAAAAAGGACUGAAGAUGCCAAUUUCUAUCUAUUUUACGAAUGAAAACAAAAAUUAUUUUGUAACCUUUAAUUGUUAUACAUGAAGCUGUUGUACGUGGGGAAAAUACCCCUGUUUGUUGUUUUAUCUGUUUGUAUGGCCUCAUAUCAUCUGUACUCUGCAUGUAAUACUUGGUGAUCUAACUGAAUAUACUUACAUUAAUUAUUAACCAUACAAUAUAAUUAUUAAGAGCAAAUUUUGAAAAAUAAAUUGAAGAAAAUUAAAACUUUAUGGGCAUGUACUAGUUAAAAUAUGAAAAUAUGAUAAGUGAGAACAGUGAAUGUCAAGAAGCUACCAAAAGAUGAUGACUGAUGCAGAACUUCAUUUAUUUUUAUUUUCCCUCCCGUUAGGGCUCUUCUUGGAUACAACAGCUUCCCAUAUGAACACACACACAUAUAUAUAUAUUGGUUGAGCCUAUGUAAGGUAAAGAGUUGAUUUAGUUCUUGAAAAUGUAUUACAGAUCUAACACAUCUCCAUCACACAUCCCCCCCAAAUUAAAAAGUGUGAGGAUUAAGUACAACAGAACAAUUAGCACAAUAAAAGACCAAAAAUAAUUGUAUAAUUCUUUAGUCUUCCAUUAGGUAUUUGAAUUGACUGUCAUUCUUUAUUUUAUGUAUGAAAGGGAAUACAAAUUGCUGUAGGUUAUAUAUACCACAUUAUAUUGAAUAAAUAUGUAUGACUAUGUCCACAUAUACUGUGAUAAAUUUAGUAAGAUUAUUUUAUUAAAUUCUAUUUCAAAUUGAAUUACUCUUUGUACCUAAUAGAAUUGUAAUGUAUUUGUCUUCUGAUACAGCCUUAGUUUGUCACAUUUGUUAUCUUGAGUACCCAAGCCAAUUCACUUGCAACAGCAGCUUUGUCUGGGAGCUGUACCUGAAUACCAUCUCUGGACACCCACUGUAAAGAAUUUUAAUUCCAUGUAAACUCAGUACAGCUGUUGAUUAGUAAUUAUAGAAAGGAUAGUAGGUGUGAAUACAACACAGUAAUCAUAUGUCCGUUAUGGGUUGAGCUGUAUAGCUAUGUGUAUCAUAUCAAGUUUUUCUCAAAGAAUGAAAAUUCAUUUACAUUCAAGUUAACACUGAAUAGAAAACUUGAUCAAAUGGUCAAUGUAUACUUCUCACCCACUGGUAUAUAACAUAUCUCACCUGUCCAAACAUUCAAUAUCCAGAACAUAUACUCAGUUUUUGUUGCUUUCAGAUUCUUUAUCAAACUUUCAGCAAAGUAAGUGCUACAUUUAAUGAGGUUUUUUCUUUAAUAUGACUAAAGAACAUUACAUACUGGAUGACCAUGUUUCCUGAUGGUAUUUUUGUGAUUACAGAUGCCAAGUGGGAAAUCCUGUUUUAUUUUUAUUCUAAAUAAAUGCAAAUUAUGAUAACA